AUGGACCCCAACGCCAUCAAGGAGGAGCUGCGCUUGUUCCAGAGCACCCUGCUUCAGGACGGGCUGAAGGAGCUGCUGAAUGAGAACAAGUUUGUGGACUGCACCCUGAAGGUGGGCGACCGCAGCUUCCCCUGCCACCGGCUAAUCAUGGCCGCCUGCAGCCCUUACUUCAGGGAGAUCUUCUUCACCGAGGACGGGAAGGAGGUGGAGAACACCAAGGAGGUGGUCCUGGAGGAUGUCAACCCCUCGGUCCUGGACAUGAUUGUCCAGUACCUCUACUCAGCCGAGAUUGACCUCACCGAUGACAACGUCCAGGAUAUAAUUGCGGUGGCGAACAGAUUCCAGAUCCCUUCUGUCUUCACGGUGUGUGUCAACUACCUUCAGAAGAAGUUGUCCUUGGGCAACUGCUUGGCCAUUUUCAGGAUGGGCCUGGUGCUCAAUUGUCCCAGGCUCGCUGUGGCCGCGCGCAACUUUAUCGCCGACCGCUUUGAACUCCUCUACAAAGAAGAGGAGUUCCUCAAGCUCGCCGCCCACGAACUGUUCGCUGUCAUCGGCGGAGACACGCUGAACGUGGAGAAGGAGGAGCUGGUGUUCGAGGCGGUCAUGGCCUGGGUCCGCCACGACAAGGAGCGCGUCAAGGUCCUGAAGGAUGCGUUCAACUGCAUCCGCUUCCGCUUGCUGCCAGAGAAGUACUUUAAAGACAAGGUGGAGACGGACGAGUUCAUCAAGGCCGACCCCGAGCUCCAGAAGACGAUCCAGGUCAUCAGGGAUGCCUUCAAGGGGAAGCUUCCAGAAACGCCAAUUAAGAAAGAGGGCGAGGAGGGGGCCAGCGCAGAGGGAGGCGAGGAGGAAAGCCUAUUCCCCGGCUUCCUGAAUGACAACCGCAGACACGGCAUGUACACGCGUGAGUUCAUCGUCAUGAUCAAUGACACCGCGGCAGUGGCGUACGACGUCGACGAGAACGAGUGCUUCCUGGCGGCAAUGUCAGAGCAGGUGCCACGCAACCACGUCAGCAUGGCGUCACAGAGGAACCAACUCUACUUAAUCGGAGGACUGUUUGUGGAUGAGGAGAACAAAGAUUUACCCCUGCAAUGUUACUUCUACCUGUUGGAUUCACUCACAUCCGACUGGGUCGCCCUGCCGCCCAUGCCUUCCCCUCGAUGCCUCUUCAACGUCGGUGAGAGCGAGAACCUGCUGUUCGCCGUGGCGGGGAAAGACCUGCAGACCAACGAGUCUCUGGACACUGUGAUGUGCUACGACGUAGAGAAGAUGAAGUGGAGUGAGACCAAAAAGCUUCCUCUAAAGAUCCACGGCCACGCUGUCGUCUCCCACAAAGGAGUGGUCUACUGCAUCGGAGGAAAGACGGAUGACAACAAAGCUCUCAACAAAGUGUUUGCGUACAACCACAAGCAGUCUGAGUGGAGGGAGCUGGCGGCCAUGAAGACAGCCAGAGCCAUGUUCGGGUCCGUCAUCCACAACGGAAAGAUCGUGGUGGCUGGUGGAGUCAACGAGGAGGGCCUCAGCGCUUCAUGUGAAGCCUAUGACUUUGCGACAAACAAGUGGGAGCCCUUCACAGAGUUUCCCCAGGAGAGGAGCUCCGUCAACCUGCUGAGCAACGGCGGCUCUCUGUAUGCCGUUGGCGGCUUCGCCAUGGUUCAGGCGGAGAACAAGGAGGUGGCCCCCACAGAGGUCACUGACGUCUGGCAGUACGAGGAUGAUAAGAAGCAGUGGAGCGGGAUGCUGAGGGAGAUGCGUUACGCUGCCGGCUCCUCCUGCGUGUCCAUGCGCCUCAACGCUGCAAGGAUGCCCAAACUGUAG